ACGGAGAGGAGAUCUGGGCCGACCCCCUUGCGCCAAUCUCCUAAUACUGGUAAAUACACGAUUCCUGGCUGCCGCUUCAACACCAUCUCCACUCCCAUCUCGCACGCACUAAUACCCCUUCUGCGAAGGAUUCAUCCUCCCCGCAUCCUACGUCCCGCAUCCUCAACCCGGCGCACCGUUGCAGUCACUGCUCUGGGUGGCUCAUUGUUUCCACCCCAAGAAUCAUCCUUGCUCAGACUCGCUCCCCACAGAGACAUGCGACUACGACCGCAGAGGGCACCGGCUCUCCUUCUCCUGCUCCCAACUCUCCAUGUGCUCGCGUUAGCCACUACCGCCGAUUCUGAAGAUACCAACGUCGCACGAGCCGCACUUCCAGCGUACGGCGAUGUCGACACGCCUCCCGCACCUCCUAGCCCCCCGAUCAAAGCUACAAAGGAUGCUCCCGUCGACGGCCUAGACGGGAAACCGCACGACGGGCCCUGGGUGGAUGACCACCCGGUAGCCCCCAAGGACACAUUGCAACCAGCCGUCGUCGAGGAGCUACGGCCUGGCGCAUCCAAGUCGAGCUCCACCCACGAACUGACCAAGCAAGAAUGGGCGGCCCUGGGUGCCGAUGGAGACGGCGUCAUGGAUGACCCCAACAGGCAGGCACCCAAAGGCAAUACGGGCACCGAAGGCGGCGUCUCGGCCAAGGACCAGGAAAGAAAAGAGCAGGAGGGCAAGACCGGAGCCAAGUUGGGACAGGUUCCGCAGCAGCCCAAGGAAGCGCCUCCCCAUCCUCACACCGGACAGGAACCCUUGGAGGAAGAAGACGACCAUCACGCCAAAAAGCGACCGGGGGCACAAGGCUUAGCUAAGCCUACAGAUUUGCCCGAUACCCCACACGACAUACCGCACCCUGUGCCUCCGUCUUUGCCAAAGGACGACCCUCUAGGCACAUCGCCGCCCAGCACCCCCCCAAAACACAACGAUGUAUCCGACGACGACGACGAACAUGACGGCGUCAUUCAGCCGUUCCACUCUUUCAUCCUUUCCUUGACAAUGAUCAUAUUUUCGGAGAUUGGAGACAAGACGUUCCUGGUCGCCGCUCUGAUGGCUAUGAGGCACCCGCGCGUGGUCGUGUUCACGGCCGCCUUCAGUGCUCUCAUUGCCAUGACGGUUCUCUCAGCAGUGCUAGGCCACGCAGUACCAACACUGAUUCCAGAGCGCUUCACCCAUUUCGCGGCUGCCGUCCUCUUUGCAGUCUUCGGUGUCAAGCUUCUGCGUGAGGGGCUGGCAAUGAGCCCUGAGGAGGGGGUAGGAGAGGAAAUGAGAGAGGUAGAACAGGAGCUAGAGGAGAAGGAGCAUCUAGCUGCCCGCCGGGGUGGCCGGAGAAAGUCCUCCAUAUCGCCAUAUGUUCUGGAGUCUGGCCGCGCCAGGCGGUCGAGGUCAAACUCGCGCCUACCAGCUCCUGCACGAAGCCCAUCGUCCUCCCCUGCACGGUCGCCGUCGCCGAAUGGUUCCAGUCUUUCUGGCAUGAUCGCGGGCUUAAAUAACCUCUUUUCGCUUCUCCUGAGUCCUGCGUGGGUGCAGACCUUUGUCAUGACGUUCCUUGGUGAAUGGGGCGACCGCAGCCAGAUCGCUACUAUUGCUAUGGCGGCCGGUUCUGACUAUUGGUGGGUAACCAGCGGCGCCGUGGUAGGACAUGGCUGCUGCACUGCGGUGGCUGUCCUGGGAGGCCGUGCCAUCGCUGGUAAGGUCAGCAUGCGAGUUGUUACACUGGGUGGCGCUAUUGCGUUCCUCAUUUUCGCGAUCAUUUACUUUCUGGAAUGCCUCUACCAUGCUUAGGUUCUUUUUUCGAUCACAGCAUGGCAUCCUCGCUACGUCUAUAUUUGUUUUAAUCAGGCUUCUCUUAGUAAGCGGUUGGAACAUCUUUGUAUUCUAUUUGUAUAUUGACGACACGGCUGCAAACAUGGGGUCAUAGGGAGUCUUGAAGGUCGUUGGGGUUUCGGGUUAUCAUGUGCUCAGGCAUAGACUGCUGCUGCAGCGUUCCGUUAUAGACGGCGAAUCUGGUAAUUCACUCGGGCGCUUUCCCGCGUAAUGGCUGGAGCCAGUUGUCGGGUUGUGCUCUGCAAGGAAAACCCUCUUGUGUGUCCAGAUCUAUGGCCUUGCCGUCCGGUUCCCCCCACGACGCCUUCGGCCUCUCGUGACCAUCUGGAAUCGGCACCCAACGGGCUCGAUGGCUUGGACACUGUCGCAUUGUCAAGUAGUCUCCAGGCAG